AAUGCGGACACACCUUGUCGCAAUUUUGCUACAAAGGCGUGCUCGAGUUUGUUACAAAUUUUGCACAAAGUUUGCAUCAUUUUGCUAUCUGGUCAGUUUAUAGACAAGGAUAAUCAACUUCCCGUGUUACAAAUUGAAACACUUGAAGAAAUUGAUCAAGCUGUUAAAAAAGAAGAGACUGCCAAGAAAUCGGAAACUGGGAGUUUCAACGAUUCCACAAUUGAGAGUACAACAUCUGAUACUGAUAAUAACAGUGAAUACUUAGCACCUAAAAAGAGAAGAAGCUUAAAGUCAAAUUUUGAGCCAAACAAACGUUUAGCUUUUUUCAAAGGCCUUGCUUAUUUGAAAGAACUGGAUCUUGAGGCAUAUUUAACGAAUUAUGAUCUUAAAUCAGAGGCAGCAGUUGAUAACUAUAAACUGAAGGGGAUGCUAAAUGAGAGGGACCGAUCUUCAAUAACAAAUGCUAUAGUUCAUGAGAUGUUAAAAAUUAACUAUGUGCCAUUCCAGUUUGAAUAUGCAGAAAUUGUGAAGAAGAUCUGUGCUCUUUUCCCAUCUGAAGAUCCAGCUAUUUAUUACAUUCCUCCUGACAAAACGCAUAGGAAUGCUCAAGGCAAGCUACCUAAUAAGGUAAAGAAUAUUAAACAUAAUCUUAAAAAAAAGGGUGCUGGAACCCUUUCUUCUUCUCCAGUGCAAUGUACCUUGGAAAUAUUGAAAAAGUCGAAAAUUAUUGAGCCAGCUAAGCUAGAAGGAAUCAUUAAUGAAGAAGACCAUACCAUAAAAACUGCUAUUGCAAAUCUGAAACAUGAAUGUCGGGAUUCUUGGCCUACAUUGUUGAUGAAUUGGUCGGUAACACAUGCUCUUAGGCGUAAAACCUUGUUGGAAACAAGAUCAAGGGUUCAAUGUGAAGCCAAUAAAGGUCAAGAAAAAGACAACGAUACAAAUGAUGAGAGUGAAGAUGAAGAAGAGCAACUCGUCAAUGAAUAUAUAAUAAAAUGGGAUGUUUUGAAGCUUCCCAAUGGAUACCUUUUAUUAAAUCAAGACUUUAAGGAACUUUUUCCAGGAAGGGAGGAUGGUCUGUUCUCAAAGUGGGAAAUUGCGAAGGAAUUAAUAAUUGAGUUAGCAGAGACCGAGAUCUCUAUCUCUGAUAUUUUUGGAAGAGAUCUGCUAAAACAAUAUCAUACUGCUCCUGCAGACAAACGGGAUGUUAUCACAUUAUAUCUACUACCAUCUUUGUGCUGCAAGCGAGGACGAGGGAAGAGCACAGGUUACAUUCCAUCAGUGCAAGAGGCCAGAAAGUUUUUUAUUAUUCAUGUGACUAUUCCAGGUGAUCUGAGAAGAGCUGUUAAAAGGCAUUGUGCCCACCUAAAUGCCAUAGGAGCCCGUCUGCAACCGAUCCUUAUAGUUGUCGGACAGACACUGGCAAACAUAACUGCCACAUAUAUUCAAAUUGAUGGUAUUCGUUACAAGCUGAGAACACCAGUGGCAGCUCUGGAUGCUUGUCUAAAGGCAUAUCAUGCUCUAGACGCAGUAUAUCCUCAAGAGUGCAAGGUUGUAUGGUAUUUUGUACAGCACUACUUUUAUAAUUUAUAUUUGAAAGAGGACGAGAACAUCUCUCGAGUUGCAAGUUUAAUAAGUUCUCUUAAAGGACUUGCCUCAAAAAAAGAAUAAAGUAUUUAUAAACUUAUCGUAAUUUUCCAUGUAGGUUUUAGGCUAAUUUUAUCAGCUGUAAGAAGCAUGUCAUAUAUUUGUCGUGAAUGUCAUGCAACUCUGCGCUCAAUAGGUGCACUUUGCACUCAUUUGCAGAUGAUUCAUUUUUUUAAUGUUCUUAGUAUUUACACUUGUGCUCAAAAUGAUUGCAAUAGAGAGUAUGACUCUGUCAAGUCUUUCAGGAAACAUUUGAGAACAAAACAUCCUAUCAGACCCCAUUCAGAAGUCCAAGUAGUGGAAAAUAUCUUAUUACCUGAGAAUGUCAUUGAGAUUAAUCAUGACAAUGCUUCUAUAGAUGGCAAUUCUUUGAUGCCUAUAAAUGAAAAUAUACCUAAUAAUUUGCAAGGGAACAAUGUGGACAUUAGACAAUUUCAUGAAAUAACUGUCUUGAAUUUUCAAAAUUCUCUAUUUCUCAUUCUAUUUCAGUCGUCUUUGGCUCUUGUUGCCAAGUUAUACAAUGACAUUACUCUCAAUCGCACUCAAGUACAGAAUAUUCUCAGUCAUGUUAAGAAAUUUGCUUCAAAUGGUUUCUUAGAAAUGUUAAAGGAUAAAACUCUUACUGUAGUUAAGAAUAACAAUGUACCUCAGGAAGAGAUAGAAGCUUUAGAUGCUAUGUUUGCUGAAUUCCACAAUAUGUUUUCUGGUCUUGAAACUGAGACUCAACAAGUGAAUGCCCUGAGACAGAGUCAUUGUUAUAUAAGUCCCAAGUCAUAUAUUAUAAGCAUAGGUGAAAAAAUGAAAAAAAUUAAAGGUAAUUUGGCUUUGACACCAGUUGAAUGGACUGGUCAAUUUAUUUCUAUGAAACAAACAUUAAAACAGUUUUUGGAAUUGCCUGAUAUCUUUAAUGCCAUAAUGAGCAAUGUUGAAAAUCUUCAAAAUUCUGAGUCCUUUACAAAUAUCGUGCAAAGUCCUCUGUGGAGAAACAUACAACAAAAUUAUUUUGAAAAUCGUUCUGUUCUACCUCUAGAUGUGUACUUUGAUGAUGUAGAACCUGAUAAUCAAACAGGCUCCCAUUCAGGUGACCACAGCUUGGGAAUAAUGUAUUAUCGCAUCCCAUGCAUUCCACAAUAUUUGCUUUCCUCAUUGGAGAAUAUUUUUGUUGCUUGUGUAUUCUUAAGUGAUCAUAGAAAUGGCUAUAAUAGAGAGGUAUUUGAACCUGUUAUUAAUGAACUAAGAAAUCUAGAAAUAAAUGGUAUUGUCAUUCAAACAGAAUCAGAGCAUACCAUUUAUUUUGCUUUGUCUCAAAUUCUAGGAGAUAAUUUAGGGCAGCAUGCCAUAACUGGCUUUGUGGAAUCAUUUAAUGCACACUAUUAUUGCAGAUUUUGUAAAGAACACAAAAAUACCAUGAGAAGGCAAUUCAGAAAGAAUAUUUUAAUGCUUCGCAAUAGAAUAAAUUAUGAAGAUGAUGUACUAAGUAACAAUGUUUCUCAAACAGGAAUUAAGACUCGUUGUAUAUGACACGUUCUAAACUCUUACCAUGUCACUGACAAUGAGAAUCUUGUGUGCGAUUUAAUGCAUGAUUUUUUUGAAGGAGUGUGUCAUUAUGACUUAUGUGCUAUAUUAGACUAUCUCAUUAAUCAUAUGGGUUUUUUCAAUCUUGAGACUCUGAAUGAUCGUGUUCAGAACUUUGAUUAUGGUAAUUCAGGUGACAAGCCCUCAUUAAUUGCUGCAGAUCACAUUCGCAAUCAAAAGUUAAAAAUGUCUGCAUCUGAAAUGAUGUUUUUUGUAUGCCACUUAGGUUUAAUAAUUGGAGAUUUGGUGCCUGAGCAUGAUGAAGCUUGGAGAGUAUACAUAGUUCUUGCUGAAAUACUAGACAUUGUGACAGCUCCAUAUGUUAGACGGCAGUUAACCGAGUACCUUUCAAUUUUAAUUGCCGAACAUCAUGAGAUGUAUUGUAGAGUUUUUAAUAAGACCUUGAAACCUAAACAUCAUUUCAUGGUGCAUUAUCCUCGUAUUAUGAAUUUCGUAGGACCAAUGAUAAAUAUUUGGUCAAUGAGACUAGAAGGAAAGCAUCGCCCUGUCAUAAAGAGAAUAGCAGAUAAUAUGAGUUGCCGUAAAAAUUUACCUCUUUCAAUUGCAAAAAGAUAUGCACUUGCAUGUUGUGCAAGGAUUUUGAGUAAGCGAGGUUUCUCAAAUAACAUUCAGUACCAUCCAAAGGAACGCAGGCUUGUAAAUUGUGAGAACUUUGAAAUGUUUCAAAAUAUUUUACCUACUGAAUUGGAACAAUCACUUGCAGUCAAAGAAGCAGUUAUUUGUGGUACCUGCUACAAAUCUAAUAUGAUCCUUGUUAUUAAUUACGCAGAGGACUUGCCUAUAUUUGGAAACUUGUGUUGGAUAGUAAGACCACAAAACGCACAAAAGCGACCUUUCUUUCUCUUGUCAGGAUUACGGACCGUUAAUUUCAAUGAACACUUGCACUCCUAUGAAAUUAGGCCCACUGCAGAAUGGUUCCUGAUUGAGUACAAAGAUCUUGUAUCUUUUUAUCCAUCCAUUGCUCAUGUGGGGUCUGAUGGAAAUACCUAUGUGACUUUUAGACACGUAUUGUAAGUUUAUUUGUAAGCGAUUCUUUUUAUUUCAUGUAUCCAUGUAUUGUCAGCGAUUCUUUUUAUUUCAUGUAUCCACGUAUUGUAAGCGAUUCUUUUUAUUUCAUGUAUCCAUGUAUUGUAAGCGAUUCUUUUAUUUCAGCAUUUACAUAUAGGAUUCCAUAUAUUAAGAUAUUUUGUAAAAAAAUACACAAAACAUAUUGCGUA